AUGUCCCAAGAGGAUUCGCAGCGCUGGCUGCCUACGGAUCAACUAAUAUAUGGUGUGCUUGUAAAAUCUUUUCUUCCCUUACAAAGGCAUCCUAAAUUAGUGUAUGCGAAUAGCAAUUAUGCAAACGUGUAUGUUGGUGCCGAAAUUUACGUCUUCGAAGAAUCUGUGGAUGGGAAGUGGUGUAGAGCGUACCAAUGUUUAAGGCCCUUUCCUGAAGAAUUCAUAUCAAACAUGAAUUCUUCAAAUGAUGUUUUACCCGAUGUAAAACCAAAGGUGGUGAUACUUCCUAGGAAAUUUAUACAUUUCAAUCCUAAAAAAGCCGUUAGUACUAUGCCAUUUUUCAAAGCACCAAGCGCCGAGGAUUUUAAACCCUUGAUAAGUAAAGAAUGUGAAUCGCCUUCCUUUUGUGACAGCCUUUAUGUCAGUUCACCUGAUGAAAUAUCCACUGGUAAACCGAGAAAAGUACCGAGACCUCCUUUUCCCUUCUUUAGAUACCAAAAUAGGCCCUUUAAAGAUGAAAUGGGUCCCAUACUAUCUCUUAUUUCUUCCCAUGUUUAUUCGAUGUAUUCAAUUGGUGAGUUUGCUAUAUAUAGAAAAAUGAUAAAAUUGUAUUAUGACCUGGAUAUCAUACGAUUUAGGUUGUCAAUGGAUUUGACCACGGAAAGGGAGAAAGUUAAUCUCAUAAGAGCAGCAACUUCUUUACGAACUAAGAUUGCAAAAUUUUUGUCUUCUACAUAUAAGAAAAAUAAACUUCUCUCUAAUUCUACCCCAAGGAACCCUGAUCCAUAUGGUUUUGAAGGAAUAUUUGCUAGAGAUAUCAAUACCGGUGAACUGCUUACAUAUGACAUCGAAAAACUAAGAACUCUAGUAUCAUCUUCGAUGUUUUGCGGCUUGACUAACAACUUCCCUAUGCUAAAUGACACAGAUUUAGAGUGUCUGCCGUCGGCCAAUGAAAUAUUUGGUACAGUUAGAUCAAGUAUUCUGGUCAACUUGAAAGAUCUGGCAUGGGAUCCAUCCAUAUCAAACCCGAAUUACCAAGAGCUUUCUAUUUGUGUAUAUUUAAGAACUAAAGAGGAGGUUCUUACCGAGUCAUUCACCAUGACAAAAUCGUCCAAUAUGGAGUAUGCACUGGAUGAAAUUCCCGCAAUGCUAUUCAAGAACAUCCUAGAGACGAUAAUACAAAAACAUAAAAUAUACUUAGUGGUAGUCCUGAAGGAAACAGUGGCAAUUUCGGCUAGUAAUCCUCCAGAAAUUUCAUCAUAUGAUGUAUCCACGCAUGAAUCAAGCGUACAUUAUCCGUUCCCUCCUACUAAUUCACCUGCUGAGAAUAAGAUAGAUUAUGUGAAAAAGGGCUUAGCUGCGGGAGUGAUCGACAUAUCUCCAGUUUUCAAAUUUUACAAUGGUCCGGCUGUCUCAAAUAAAGCUCAGAGGUUCAACCUUUAUCUUUAUUGUUCUGAUUCUUUGGAGUCCACUCAAAGUUAUAACCUUUCAAACGAUGACGACUUAGGUUGGGGUGAUCUCACAAAGAGGAUCAUUGAUGAUUCAUCUGAGGGAAUCUCUGUUAAUCCUAGAGCAGUUUCUUUAUCGGUAACAGUUAAGGAAAUUAUAGGUAAAGAAGAUGUAGACAAAUUACUUUCGACGUCCCUAGUACCCAUAAGAACUAUUCCUACUUAUUUUUACGACACCAUGUUUAGUCAAUCAGAGAGAAUCUAUUUGAAUUUGGGGAGAGUGUCGCUUUGUGGACUCGCAACAUCAGAUACGACCAUCGAGAACGUUACUGUUCAAAUAUCUUGUAGAAACAAAAAUGUAAAGUUUUGCAAAAACAGACUUGAAGAGAGAACGGGGAACUGGAAGUUUGUUUCAGUGCAUCCAAACGAAAGCAUUGGCGAAGCAAUAAGAAUCGAAGGUGUCGAGAAUAUGAGUGAGGAUGAAACAUUAAGGGUACUCGUGUAUUUGAAUGGGUUCUUAAUGGCAAAAUCAAACAUCCAUAUCAAGAAAAAGGAUGAAAUAUUAGAAUAUAGAAAGGGUACUAUAUUCCAGAUAAUGUCAUCUCGUUCAGUCCCCCUAAUUCAUCUAGAGCUCGAAGCGUCUUAUUUUGGUCGAAAAUAUAAUGUAAAUCCAGCCAUUGCCAAAUUUCUGGUCCUUCCAAUCAAAGAUGUUGAAUUUGACCAAAAACUCAAAAAAAAUUUCGCGAUUGUAUUAAGAGAUUUAAACAAUAUUUCAUUUAAUGACCUGUUGAAACAUUUUGACUCCAUUUUGGCGCACUAUUUGAUGCUCCUCGAGUUCGUUGAUAGAGCCUGUGAUAAACGGGGUGUUCCUUCAAGUUUACCUAAUGUUGUGUUUAGUGAAUUUGUGAAAUUUCUAGAUUUGAUGUUAACGCACCAAGAAAGUUCGAGAUAUUGGUUUAAUAGACUGUACAAAAUGGUUUUAUCGAGAGAGCUAGAAUGUCCUAAUGUUGCACCGAUACUAAUAAAACACAUGACCAACAUCUUUGACAGAAGCCAUUCCACUUGGACUAGAACAGGAACGGCAGUGUGUCGGACUAUUCUAUACCUUAUGGUGUUAGUAAUUGGGUCAUCUCACUCAGACGAAAUACCUGAUUUUAAUCGAUUUUUUCAAAGUUUACACAAUUUUUUGAUGCUUAGCGAUGAUUCAAUUAUGGCAAAUCAGAUCUUAUUAAUCGAGGCAUUCCCUGCCAUGGUACAAACAAUGACUAACCAUUGUGAUGCAGAGGACUUGGUUCGUUUUGCGAUUGAAUUAUUUGAAUGUUGUCAAGAAAAGGAAAAGGCUCAAAAAAUAUAUUCCAAAUCACUUUCACCUAGAGAAGAAGAAUAUUUGAAUGCAAAAUUUACUUGUCUUUCGAAGAUAAUUAAAAAAAAAGUUCUUAAGAAAUAUUUACUCAGGACGGAAACUGUGAAUAAGCUGAGGUUACGGUUCUUAUCUAAAUGUCUUGAGUGGGUGCUUAUACCGUAUGCUCCAGAUGAGGACAAACGCUUUCAUGUAGAAUCCUUGCGGCUAGCUAAUACAGUUUUAAUUACAAUAAUUGAAGACUACAAAAUUGACAUGCUUCAGCGAAACUUAAUAAGAUUAUUACCAUAUUUAUGUAGGUCCUUUACUCAUUUGAGAAGGUACUGUAAGAAAGCACGUCUAAUGCGGCCUCGGAGAGUCUUUAGCAUGCUUUUCCCCAAUGUUAUGCCGUGUAAUUAUAUUCCAGUCGAUUCGAUUGUGAAUGAUGAGAUUGUUGUAGAGGUUCUUUUAGAAUUGGCCAUUAUAAUAUGUGAAAUAACGAAAAUUGCAUCAUGUACAUUUGCUUCGUACCAAUCAUUUGAGGAAAUAACAAACUUGUGCGAUAAAGACUUUCUUUUCCAAUCGAAAUUCUACUUACGAAAUUUAUCAAAUGAACAUGUUUACACGAUAACAAAUACAAUUUACCUACUUUUUAAGCAGGAGUGGUUCCCAGGGAUGAAAUGGCUUGGUGUAUCUGCAUUGUUAGGAAGAUCGUCCUUAGUGUUGCUUAAUUUGUGCAAGAAUUACAUCAUAGAAAAUAAUUCACCUUCCUCUUUGAACGGGUCUGAGGAACAGGUUGAUAUGCGACUUUGGGCAGAAUACUCCAAAGCAGUACUACUAGUUUCAAAUCAUAAAAGCGCCUCCCUCACAAAAUUAGCUAUAACGCCACGCAAGGCCGUUUAUUUGAUAUCAGGGGACUUGAAAAAAACUUCAGCAUAUAUACUAAACGACUGUUGGGAUGCUUUAGCUACUGGACAUUAUAAUGCCAGUUACGCCAAAAAAUUUGGUUUAGGGGCCUUGAGUGAUUGUCAAUUUGAACUUUUCGUUCACAAUCAGUUUCUAAUACGUGAGAUUUUUAUUUUUGCCUUCCAUAGACACAUAGAUGCUACUAGAAUAUGUUGCAAAAUACUAUGGGGACUAGGAUUAAACUUUUGGAGAAUAUUUGGGUCUCUACAACCAGCUUUAAAUGCAUGCAUUCCGGAGCUAUUCAGUGCAUACCAAAUUGGGAAACUUCAUUUAAAUGAUUACGAAUUGGAGAGAUUUGUCUCUUGUCUAUUUUUUAUGAUACAUAUUCCAGAUUCAGACACAUUUUUUCCAGCAUGCAUGAACGUUUUGAAAGAUUUGCUUGGUUUUUUACACAUUGUAAAUGAACUCUACAAGAUUCCUAAUCAAGAAGAAUUUGAUGACGAUCGAACAGCACGUUAUAUAGAAAUGUUCGAGUAUCUGUUAGAGGCCAACAGGCCAGAAUUGUUUCAUAAAAUGAUUUACGAUUUGUUUGUCCACUUUGUUCAGAAAAAGGAUUUUGUUCAAGCCGCUUUAAGUCUGGAACUUUUGGCAGGUACAUACGCAUGGGAUUCUAAUGACACACUGGAAGCGAUACCAUUUCCGCCGCUGCCAGAACAAUCUUCGUUUGAAAGAAAGGAAUAUUUGCUUAAGGAAUCUGCACGAAAUUUUUCCAGAGGUCAAAAACUAGAAAAAGCUUUAGCUGUAUACAAGGACUUGAUUAAGGCCUAUGAUGAGAUCAACUAUGACUUAAAUGGUUUGGCUUUUGUACACGACCAAAUAGCUGGUAUUUACACCAGACUGCAAUCUAUUGAUAGACUGGUUCCAACGUAUUUCAAAAUUUCGUUUAUGGGAUUUGGGUUCCCGAAAUCUCUAAGAAAUAAAUCGUUUAUUUUCGAAGGCCUUCCAUUUGAACACAUUACGUCCAUGCACGAUAGGCUUUUAAGAAGUUAUCACGGAUCUAAUAUAGUGCACUCUCAAGAAGAAAUAGAUAUGCUAUUGAUGAACCCUCCACUGGGGAAAUACAUCCAUGUUGCUUCCGUAGAACCGCGUUUGAGCAUAUCCGAUGACUACAAUAGUAGUGACAAAAAAAGCUCUAUUAAUAACAAAGUACGCAUGUACAUUGAAAACAGGAACUUGAGGACCUUCAGUAAUUCUCGACGCUUACCAGGAGCAAAAGGCGUUACUGACCUGUGGGUAGAAGAGUAUACCUAUCAUACUACAAACACGUUCCCAACUUUGAUGAAUAGAUCAGAAGUUGUCAAAGUUACUAAAAACAAACUUUCACCGCUUGAAAAUGCUAUACGUUCCCUAGAAGUUAAGAUACAGGAAUUAUAUGGGCUUGAAAACAUGUGCCAUAAAACUCUAAAAGAUCACGGAGAUGUGACCAAUUUAUUUAGCGAGCUUUCGACAAAUAUUACCGGGACAAUAUCAGCCCCAGUUAAUGGAGGCAUAUCACAAUACAAGGCUUUCCUCGAACCGUCUACUUCUAAACAAUUUAGUGCGGAUGAUCUAGCAAGGCUAACAUCAGCUUUUGAUGAACUUGUUGCAGUAUUAGGUCGCUGUUUGUCGCUGCAUGCUGAGUUAUUACCUUCUAAGGAACUAAAACCAUCACAUGAGCUUUUAGUGCGGCUUUUCGAAGAGAACUUUGCAGAGGAAAUAGAAAGAUACAGCCGCGCCAACGAUGAAGCCAUCGCUACCAGGGACAAGAAGGUGAAGGCUCGUAUACUUUCUUACAAAAGUACUUCCAGAAGGUCCUGUCUUUCUGGAAGGGAUCAUCAUACCAUAGGGUCUAAUCACAGCCAGUUUUUCCAAGAUCAGAGUGAUUCCUUUGGCCCGAACAGCUUACUUUUUGGGAAAUAUUUAACAAGAACAGUAUCUCAUUCGUCUACUACGAGUAGCAUAAAUAAAAGUGGAAUUGCUUCCGCAAAUGGAAGCUCCUCUUUAACAGGGUCACAUCCGAACACCAGUACAGAGCCCCAGCAAUAA